CCCGUGCUCCCAUUUCUGGCCAUUUGCAAAUCACUUUUACUAGUUUUUGAUUGGGAGAGGCAUGCAAAGGGACUUUGUGACGCUCAGAGUAUACACAGGUCUUUUACCAAAAUAUGGGUGUUAAUAUUGAGUAAUGGGCAAAUAUGGGCAGAAAGGACCAAAUAAAUGCUGGUUUUCAGUUAAGAAAAAUCAGUGGUUGCCCUUCCUCAUCGGUUACUGUCCAUUACAUAAAAUAAAGACCCUGAAGAAUAAAAGAAUAGGAACAUGGGAAAACUUGGCCUCCUUGUUAAAUCGGGUAGUACCAAGAGUCAAUUAGAAUAUGGCAAAGAACUUGUUUUCUUUCAGAUCCCUGAAUAUACUGAAAACCUGACUGUUCCUGAAAAGAAUUGGUUUUGAACACAAUGCAUCUAAGUUAGUCAAUAUGCAGAAAUUUCUAGUUUCCUGGCCCUUCUAUGACACGCAUGAAUACAAAUGGCAUUUUACAGGUCCCUGUACUAUGUUGGGAGAGGCUGUGGUGACUGUGCGAGUGGAGGAGGGCUGUGGGGUGCCCCAGCAUGGAUGGCUACUUGGUCCUAAGAGUAAUUGGAGAGGGCUCCUUCGGCAGAGCCCUUUUGGUUCAGCAAGAGAACAGUAAUCAGACGUUUGCCAUGAAGGAAAUAAGGCUUCCCAAGUCUUUCUCUGGUACACGGAAUUCUAGGAAGGAGGCUGUUCUGUUAGCCAAAAUGAAACACCCCAAUAUUGUUGCCUUUAAAGAAUCAUUUGAAGCUGAGGGACACCUGUAUAUUGUGAUGGAGUAUUGUGACGGAGGGGACCUCAUGCAAAAGAUUAAGCAUCAGAAAGGAAAGUUGUUUCCUGAAGAUAUGAUACUUAAUUGGUUUACACAAAUGUGCCUUGGAGUAAAUCACAUUCACAAGAAACGUGUGUUACACAGAGAUAUCAAGUCCAAGAAUAUCUUCCUCACCCAAAAUGGAAGAGUAAAACUGGGAGAUUUUGGAUCUGCCCGUCUUCUCUCCAGUCCUAUGGCGUUUGCUUGUACAUAUGUGGGAACACCUUAUUAUGUGCCCCCAGAAAUUUGGGAAAACAUGCCUUAUAACAAUAAAAGUGACAUCUGGUCCUUGGGAUGCAUUCUGUAUGAACUCUGUACCCUUAAGCAUCCAUUUCAGGCAAAUAGCUGGAAAAGUCUUAUUCUCAAAAUAUGUCAGGGGUCCCUGAGGCCACUGCCAUCUCAGUACUCCUGUGAGCUGCAGCAUCUGAUCAAGCAGAUGUUUAAGAGGAACCCCUCACAUCGCCCUUCUGCUACAACACUUCUCUCUAGAAGUUCCUUGGCUCGACUUGUCCGCCAGUGCUUACCCCCAGAGAUCAUCACAGAAUAUGGUGAGCAGGUAUUAGAAGAAACCAAAAAUUCCAAGCAUAGUACACCAAGAAAAAAAACAGACUCCAGCAGAAUCAGGAUAGCUUUGGAAAAUGAGGCAACCACAAUGCAAGGGGAAGAACAAGGUAGAAAGUACAGCAACACUGAUUUAGAAAGCAUUCAUAAAAAUUCAACCGAAAGUGCACUGAGGAGAGUAAAUGAAGAGAAAGAUAAAUUAGUCCAUCCGAAGAAAGCCAGUUCACCAAGUCCUCUCAGGCGACAGUGGGAGAAAAAUGUACCCAACACAGCUCUCACGGCUUUGGAAAAUGCAGCCAUCCUCGCCUCCAGUUUAGGGGCCGGGGAUGAUAGAGGUGGUUCUGUAAUAAAGUACAGUGAAAAUAGCACCCGUAAGCAGUGGCUCAAAGAGACUCCAGAAACUUUGAUGAACAUCCUCAAGAAUGCUGAUCUCAGCCUGGCGUUUCAAACAUACACAAUAUAUAGACCAGGCUCAGAAGAGUUCUUGAAGGGCCCCCUCUCUGAAGAAACAGAAGCAUCAGACAGUGUGGAUGGAGGCCACGAUUCUGUCACUUUGGACCCAGAGAGACUGGAGCCUAGAUUGGAUGCAGAGGACACGGAUUUUGAGGAGGACGACGACAUCCCUGACUGGGUGUCAGAACUGAAGCUGCGAGCUGGCUGGCCAGGAGUGUCUGAUGGAAUGAAGAGGGGGAAACUGAAUAUUUAAAACUAUUCCUGAUCAGUGUCACAAGGUUUAAAAUAUCUGUAACUCUCGAGUUUUUGAACUCAAAGAGAAGGCGUGGAAGAAUGGCUCUGAGCUUCAGGCUUGCACUCAGAACAGAAAUGGGAUGCUGCUGCUUACGUUUUGUGUGAUUGUGGGAGAUUAUUUAACCUCUUGGAGCCCCAGUGUCCACAACUCUAAAACGAGGAUAAUAAUGCCUUCCUCAUAGGGACGCUGAACAUAGACCAUGGCAACGGCCCAUAAUGUUAUUUCUGCGAUUGUUAUGAUUUGUGUUUAAUUGCUGCACAACUCUUUUUACAUUUCCUAAAGGUUUGAGGAUCAAAAUAAAUUUAAUUAGACCAUAA